CAAGGGAGCCAACUCAAGCAAAUUCCCUCACCUCCUCCUCCAUUUUCUUUCCAGAUUUCACCAUAGAAGAAGAAGAAGAAGAGUCUCUAUCUCUUCUUCUCUUUCUAUACGGACUAUGCCCACCAAAAGGCUGAUCAGUGGGAUAGUCAACCGCACACCAUGGACUCUGGACCCCCUUAUCCACCAAAAUAUGUCAUGCUCAAUGAUCAAGGGAACUUUAGGCCCCCUCCCCAUAGACGCAACAUUCCCCGCUACCAUUCACAUAAUCGUGGGGGUCAAGACUUUCAAUGUCCAGCAGUCGGAUCUUAGCCUCUACACAGAAUUCUCUGUUUCUGUAAAGGCAGAUAAUCCCAAUCAUCUUAUAGGCUUCAUUUAUGGGAAGGAAAGCUCUGUUGCUGUUUUAUACACAGGAAAAACUCUUUGUUCAGGCAAGCUCCCAGCUUUUCAUCAACCGGGAAACAACAUUACCGUGAUGAAUAUUCUGAUGAAAGGAAAGAACGAGUUUGGUUCAGGUCUUCAAGAAAGUCUCCUUCAAAACCAGAAGAAGGGGAAAAUCCCUUUACUCAUUAUGGUAAAGGCGCCUGUAAGCGUUGUGAUUGCAGGUUUCCCGCUUAGGCAGGUGGUUGUUUUUGUUAACUGCUCUUUAGUUGUUGACAAUCUGUCGCCAAACCACAAAAUUGGGAUUUUGUCAAGUAAAUACACUUAUGACAUUGGCUUGUGAGUGCCAUAUCUAUUUCUUCCUCUCAGUCUUUAUUUAGACCUGACUCUUUCAAGCUGGAUGGGACAAGAAGAAGAUUAGCACGAGAAAGCAAUGCCAUUUGCUCGGUUCAUGCAACAUUCCAGUUUACCUUUUUCCCACGAUGCAUAUGCUUCCAAGAAACACUUGCAGAGAAUUACAGACGUAGAUAUUUUUGUCACAUAGGCUUUUUUGUAAUUGGCUUUGAAGGUGUAAUGAGAUUUGUUUAUCCUCCAAUCUCAACUUCUUGAAAUCUGAAAUUAAUUAAUAUACUCUGAAAAUUAUUACAUUAA